GCUAUCACCACACCAUUGGAAUGUGAUUAAAAUCGACCAAUCAGAAACUUGGCAAGUAUUUACAAAUCGUACGUCAUCAAAUGUGUAUUAUCUCUCUGGCUGUUUGUAACAUCAUGUAUUUUUUUUUUCAAUCGUAUUCAAGAUUAGACUCAAGAGUUUCGGGAGACUAUUGUUGCUGCUGCAAAGGACUACUAAUAGUUGAAACGCGGACGUCGUGUGAAGUACGUCGUUCAUACUGUCUUUCUUUAUGUGCGAUGUUCAUAGUGCCGAAGAAAGGGAAUCAGUAUUUUUUAUUUAUCAUAUGAUUAUUCUUGACAAUCGAUCUAAACGAAUUAACAAUAAACGACAUAAAGUAUAAGAGAAUUCCGAAAUGAAUUUAUCGUUUGCUGGUUGCGGUUUCCUUGGUAUUUACCAUGUUGGUGUAGCAGUGUGCUUUAAGAAAUACGCUCCACAUUUACUUUUGGAUAAGAUUAGUGGUGCAUCGGCUGGUGCUAUCGCUGCUUGUUGUCUUCUUUGUGAUUUACCCCUCGGGGAGAUCACAAGUAACGUAUUACGCGUUGCGCGUGAAGCACGACAACGAACUCUUGGUCCAUUUAGUCCAUCAUUUAAUGUACAGGAGAUAUUGUUAGAAAGUUUACAGAAGCAUCUGCCUAAUGAUGCUCAUAUUCGUGUUAGCGGCAAGCUUCACGUUUCCUUAACAAGAGUAUACGACGGAAGAAAUGUAAUUGUUUCACAAUUCUCGUCUAAGGAAGAUUUAUUGCAGGCAUUAUUGGCUAGUGCAUUUGUCCCAAUUUUUUCUGGUCUCUUACCACCAAGAUUUCAUGGUGUUAGAUAUAUGGAUGGUGGUUUUAGUGAUAAUCUUCCUACACUUGAUGAAAAUACUAUUACAAUUAGUCCUUUUUGUGGGGAAAGUGAUAUUUGCCCUAGAGAUGUUUCUUCCCAACUUUUCCAUGUCAAUCUUGCCAAUACAAGUAUUGAGCUUUCAAGACAAAAUAUAUAUAGGUUUGCAAGAAUACUUUUCCCACCAAAUCUAGAGAUGCUCUCAAACAUGUGUAAACAAGGUUUUGAUGAUGCAUUAAGAUUUCUUCACCGCAAUAAUUUACUUAAUUGUACCCGAUGUUUAGCUGUACAGUCCACAUUUGUAGUCUCAGAAACUCUUGAUGAUAACAUGGAUUAUGAUCCUGAAUGCCUAGAAUGUAAAAUGCAUAGACAGGAAGCGCUAGUAUCUAAUUUACCUGAAACAGUUAUGACCAUAUUUCAAGAUGCAAUUGAUUCUGCCAAUAAAGGUCUCAUUAAUUGGUUAUUUAAACAUCGAAGUGUAAAGCUUUUAUCAUUACUUAGUCUACCAUGUACACUGCCAGCAGAUGUAGUAUAUGCAACUUUCACAAAGUUUAUUUUGAAUGUGCCUAAAUUGCGAAGGAACCUAUUAGAAUUAAGAACAUUUUUAUUAAACGAAUUAUGUAUGCUAUUUCCUAAAAUCAAUGCCUAUUACCAAGUGCCACAGACUAUUAAAUGUCAGUUAGACAUUACAGAAUAUGGCUCAAACAUAUAUGAUAUGGAAGUAGCAGACAAGACUGAUAAUUUAUAUAAAAAUAAGAAAAAUCUAAAUUUGACAUUACAAUACAAUGAAUUACAACCAUGGGAGGAUAAUAGUAAUACGUCAAAUUGUGUUAUAAAUAUGUCCAAUCUUUCAACUGUUGAUGAUACUUUUGAAAAUAUUCUUCAGGUAACUUCUGAGCAAGAAGCUGUAAUGGCAUAUUAUUACAUGGAUGAUAAUAACAAAGUGCAAGUGACAGAGAUAUUUGACGUUACAGACUCCGAUUCACAUGCAAUGUUAUCUAUAGAAGAAAUUGAAAAUAAUACAAAAUUACAAUUUGAUGAAUGGGAUACACCCACAUGGUUAUCUCAACACACCCUCAAUGAUACUGUAACAGAAUCCCUAUAUACUGAUGCAGAUCAACAAAGCAUAGAAAAUUUAUCAGAAAUGUCUUUAGAAGAUGAUAUUUUGGGUGUGUUAAAUACAUCUUCUGAUCCAGAGAGUGAAUGGGAAAUAAGUAAAAAUUUACAAACAACAAGAGCUUCCAACCCACCAAUUUUCCAAUCAGAAAUGGAUUAACAAUGAUUAAAGAUUUAAAGUAAAAUAGAUUUUUUCUUAUGAUAAUUGAUAUAGACAAUGAGUAUCAUCACUAUCUAUAGUCAAUUAUAUUAUCAGGUAUGCAUAUUUUUGUAGUCAAUAAUGUUGGUGAUAUUAUAGAGAGAAAUAGUAUCAGUGUGCUCAAUAUUGAUAAUUUUUUAUAACAUUUGAAGAACAUGUCGUUUAAAGAAGUAAAGAGUAUGGAUGAAAACACUUUUAUUAAACAAGAGCAGUCUGUGUUAUGCACUGAUAAGUAUAAGAUGCAAUACAAGUAACCAUAUAAAAAUGUGAUAUAUAUAUAUAUAUAAGAAGUAUCUUCAACAGAGCAUACGCAGUAUUUUAUUAUUAAUGUAUCAUGGUAAAAAACAUUUAACAUCAUUAUUAAAUACUUGUAAAUCAAGUAUGAGUAGAUCUCCAAGAAAGAGGCUGACUAUGAUGGAAAUGCACAUCAUAAAAGAUAUUUAUUCGGAUUUUAUGUUGAGUGUUGUUAGAAGUUUCAUAUGUUAACCACAAUGCUUCUACACUCCUCGUCAAAAAGAUAACCCAGGUGUGCGAUCUUUAAUUUCUCAAUGACGCGUGUAAUCGUUUUUCGUUUGUAACGUAUAAUAUAAAAACAUUAUGAGCAUGAGAAUAUGCGGUUCGUUGAAAAUAAUUAAAAAUAUUAUGAGGUUUAGUGUGUGACAAAAAAAAUUGUUUUAUUUUAAGAACGAAAUGAUAACACACUCUGUUAAUAUGUUUAGAAAUUGCUCAGUAGUUCAUGAUCUAUCAACGAGUAAAGAUUAUAGUACAAUGUUAUAUAAAUUUGUAAGGGACGCGGAAAGAGAUUAAACGAGUCUGAAAAAAAGCAAAUUCUUGAACUAAAACAGCAACAGUUAUCAGUAGCAAAAAUAUCGAAAAUAAUAAGAAGAAGUCGUAAAGUAAUACACAAUUUCUUUAAAAAUGUUGAAGAUUGUGGCAAAAAGAAAAGUACUGGUCGACCGUCAUCGUUAUCUGAUCGUGAUAAGCGAGCAAUCUUGCGCGUAGCUUCCAACUCGCAGUUAACAACGAAGCAAAUAAUGGAAAAAUCUAUUGUUAGUGCCACUAUUUCAAGUGUUUGUCGAGUUUUAUUAUCCUGCAAAGAUAUUAAGAGGCUACGAUUGAAAAAGAAACCUUCGUUAACAACGAAACACAAAAUAGAAUGUUUACGCUUUGCAAAAGAAAGAAUGCAUUGGAAAAAGAAAUGGAGAAGGGUACUAUUUUUAUAUGAAAAAGAUUCAACUUGGAUGGUUCUGAUGGGUUCAAAUAUUAUUUUCAUGACAUAAGAAAAGAGACAAUGUCAGCAAUUCGACGACAAAUGGAAGAAGGCAGCGUGAUGGUUUGGGCCGGCAUCGGUUAUUUUGGCAAGACAAGUAUCAAGUUCUUCAAUGGGAGAAUGAAUAGUGUCCGAUAAAUAAAUUUAAUCAAAGAACAAAUAAAUAAUCCUGCAGAACGCAUUUCUGGACCUGAUUACAUCUUUCAACAAGAUAAUGCAUCUGUACACACAUCAAGAUUAGUCCAAUCAUAUUUUAAUGAAAAUAAUAUAUCUAUUUUGCCGUGGCCUGCACGCUCCCCGGACCUUAAUAUUAUUGAAAAUUGUAGGACAGAACUUGUUCACGGCGUAUACGCGGAUGGAAAGCAGUAUCAACAAGUACAAGAAUUAAAAAAUGCAAUUAUACGCAAAUGGGAUACGUUAAGUCAAAAUUAUAUCCAGAAACUAUAUAAAUCGAUACCAAAUCUUAUAAUAGAAGUAAUGGAAAAUAAAGGGGGAUGUACCCAUUAUUAAAUAAAUAUAUAUGUUUGAUAAGUAAUUAUUGUUAGUUACAGUUUAUGUUGAUUAUUAUUUUCUUAUUGUACAUGUGUUAUCAUUUCGUUCUUAAAAUAAAACAAUUUUUUUUGUUACACACUAAAUCUCAUAAUAUUUUUAAUUAUUUUCAACGAACCGCAUAUUCUGAGCUCAUAAUGUUUUGAUAUUAUAUGUUACAGACGAAAAACUUUACACGCAUCAUUAAGAAAUUGAAGAUAGCACACCUGGGUUAUCUUUUUGACAAGGAGUGUAAGCAUGAGAGCUGAGUAAUUUUUUUUCCCCAUUUUUUCUCCUUUUCUAAUUCUAUUAUACUUCUUAGUAAAAAUAUUUAUGUAGAUAUUUUCCAACACUGAGCAGUGCCAAAUUAUUUGUGCAGUUCCUAUUUGCAAUAAAUACUUAAACAAAUAAUGAAAUUAAUUAUUUAAAUUAGAAUAAGAAAACAAAUUUUGUUAUUGCAUACAGCUGGAACUGAAUGCCAACUAAUAUACAAAAUUUUUAUACCGUUUGUUAUUGACGUAAUCACUGUUGAGGAUAUUUAAUUAUGGUUAAAGAAUGACAUUUUUGUAUCAUAUACUGAACUAAAUAUCAUUACGUAAUAAGUGACUUAUAGCAAUAAUUAUAAAAAGCACAAGUUAUACAUUUAAUUACAUAUUAAAUUAUAUUAUUAUUAAAAAAAAAUUGCUGUGUUUAUAGGUAUAUGUACUGUACCAUAUGUUUGACGUAUGUAUUAAUUUAGUAUAGGUAUAAGAACAUCCCAGAUUAUUAUCAUGUAACUUAUAUGUAAAUGUUAUAUAUGUAUUAAUUUUUAUAUGUUUAAAAAGUGAUACUGUAUAUUACUUAAUCUAUCUAAAUUGUACAUAAAAAAUGUUUUAUGGUGUUAAAAACUGUAUAUAGUUACAUAAUUGAAAUUUAUUUAUUUUUUCCGGCUUUA